AUGACAUCAUCAAGCUCUGGGAUUUCUUCAAUGUCCAUUCGCCAAUUUAACCGCCUGCGUGUUUUCUACAAUGGCCGCCAAGUUGCCCUGUGGCUCCGCCUCCUACUUUGGAUUUGGACUGGUGAGCAGGUGGAUAAGGUGCACACCUCCCACCAGCACUUCCACCCCCACUCCAUCAAGAUACCCGGAGACAUCACGCUAGGGGGCUUGUUCCCGAUCCACUCGCGCGGCCCACACGGUGUGAACUGUGGUGAGCUGAAGAAGGAGAAAGGAAUCCACCGCAUGGAGGCCAUGCUGUACGCUCUGGACCAGAUCAACAGCGACCCGGAACUGCUGCCCAACAUCACUCUGGGAGCCCGGGUUCUGGACACCUGCUCCAGAGACACCUAUGCUCUGGAGCAGUCUCUCACGUUUGUGCAGGCGCUGAUCCAGAAAGACACGUCUGAUAUCCGAUGCACCAACGGUGAUCCUCCCAUCAUCCGCAAACCUGAGAGGGUGGUGGCAGUGAUCGGGGCGUCGGCCAGCUCCGUGUCGAUCAUGGUGGCCAACAUCCUGCGUCUGUUUGAGAUCCCUCAGGUGAGCUAUGCCUCCACGGCUCCAGAGCUUAGUGACAACAACCGCUACGACUUCUUCUCCCGCGUGGUCCCUCCAGACUCCUACCAGGCCCAGGCCAUGCUUGACAUCGUGAAAGCUUUGGGCUGGAACUACGUAUCCACACUGGCCUCAGAAGGAAACUACGGAGAGAGCGGUGUUGAAGCCUUCAUGCAGAUCUCCAGGGAAGCUGGUGGUGUGUGCAUUGCCCAGUCAGUGAAGAUUCCCCGUGAGCCGACAGCUGGAGAGUUUGACAAGAUUAUUAAACGUCUGAUGGAAACCAGUAAUGCCAGAGGAGUCAUUAUCUUCGCUAAUGAAGACGACAUCAGGCGUGUUCUUGAGGCGGCACAGCGUGCCAACCUGACGGGACACUUCCUGUUUGUGGGCUCAGACAGUUGGGGCGCAAAGAGUUCUCCAAUCACAGAGCUGGAAGAUGUGGCAGAGGGCGCUGUGACUAUUCUGCCAAAGCGUGCUUCCAUUGAUGGGUUCGAUCAAUACUUUACGUCUCGCUGUCUGGAGAACAACCGCAGGAAUAUCUGGUUUGCUGAGUUUUGGGAGGAUGACUUUCGGUGUAAACUGACCCGACCUGGAGUUAAGUUGGAGGCUGAAAAGAAGAAAUGUACAGGUGACGAGAGGAUCGGUCAUGACUCGUCGUACGAGCAGGAGGGAAAGGUCCAGUUCGUGAUUGACGCCGUGUACGCCGUCGCUCACGCCCUGCACAACAUGCACCAGGACCUGUGUCCUGGCAGCCACGGCGUCUGCAGCAAUAUGGAUCCGGUGGAAGGGCGCCUACUGCUCGACUACAUCAGAGCGGUCAACUUUAACGGAAGUGCAGGUACGAGUGUUUUGUUCAAUGAGAAUGGAGAUGCUCCAGGGCGAUACGACAUCUUUCAGUUUCAGAUGACCAAUCACAGCCACCCCGGUUACCAUGUGAUUGGGCAGUGGACCAACAACUUGAGGCUUAAUGUGAGAAUGCAGUGGUCCAGAGGAGACAGAUCCGUCCCAGAAUCCAUCUGCAGCUUCCCUUGUAAGUCUGGAGAACGGAAGAAGAUGGUGAAGGGCGUCCCCUGCUGCUGGCACUGCGAGCUCUGUGAUGGAUACCAGUACCAGCUGGAUGAGUUUAAUUGUGAGACCUGCCCGCUAGACAAACGACCAGCGCCCAACAGAACCGCCUGCCGUCCAACCCCAAUCAUCAAACUGGAGUGGAACUCCCUCUGGGCCUUAGUGCCCGCCUCCGUUGCUAUGCUGGGCAUCCUAGCAACCAGCGCUGUGGUGAUAACCUUCAUCCGCUUCAAUGACACGCCCAUCGUCAGGGCGUCCGGCAGAGAGCUCAGCUACGUCCUCCUGACCGGCAUCUUCCUCAUCUACCUGAUCACCUUCCUGAUGAUUGCCGAGCCCGGUGUGGUGGUGUGCGCUUUGCGGCGCCUCUUGCUGGGUCUUGGCAUGGCCAUCACCUACUCGUCCAUGUUGACCAAAACCAACCGCAUCUACCGCAUCUUCGAGCAAGGCAAGAAGUCGGUAACCCCGCCGAAAUUCAUUAGUCCCACCUCCCAGCUUCUCAUCACCUUCAUCCUGAUCUCUGUUCAGGUCUUUGGUGUGUUUGUUUGGUUUGCUGUCAUUCCUCCUCACACCAUCAUUGACUAUGAAGAACUCCGCCCCCCAAACCCAGACCUGGCCCGCGGCAUCCUGAAGUGUGACAUGUCCGAUAUGUCGAUCAUCGGUUGUCUGAGCUACAGCAUCGUUCUCAUGGUGACUUGUACCGUGUAUGCAGUGAAGAGCCGUGGCGUUCCAGAGACCUUCAAUGAAGCAAAGCCAAUCGGCUUCACAAUGUACACAACCUGCAUCGUCUGGCUGGCCUUUGUGCCCAUUUUCUUCGGUACGGCCCAGUCCACCGAAAAGAUGUUUAUCCAGACGGCUACGCUGACCAUCUCCAUGUCUCUGAGCGCCUCCGUCUCCCUUGGGAUGCUCUACAUGCCCAAAGUCUAUGUGAUCAUUUUCCACCCAGAGCAGAACGUCCAGAAGAGGAAGAGGAGCUUCAAGGCUGUGGUUCAGGCUGCAAAGUCCCUGACAGAGAAGCAGAACGGGGACGUGAAGAUAGAACCGGAUCGAACGCAGUGAUGCUGCUGCUCUCUGAGGAAUCUGCUGGCAUCAUCAGAGAAAAAGAAAGAUGUGGUCAAAAUCACAGCAAGAUGAAAGUAUCUCCUGAAAAUUUACUGUAACAGUCGGCUGGUCUGGAAGUCCAGACAAGAGGUCCUCUCUAAGGAAGGGGGGGUGCUGCUGUCAUGAUCAGCUACACCUCUGCCUGAGCAGCAGGUGGUGAGCACUUCCUGUCUGGACACUUCCCACUUUUGGCUAAUCUGGUCCACAUCCACGUUGAAGGACAGAACCCUCGUGAAUCCCACCUGUUGAAAUCGGGCCCAGGAGACGUGUUUGAGCCAAAGGAAAGUCCUCUCUGCCCAGCAGAUGUCUGCAGACGCUCAACCUGGAGGAUGGAGGGGUCACUGCACAUGCUCAGUUCUGCUGUAUGGAGCUAAAUUGAUGCCAAUAUUAUUUGAACCCCAAAUAAAACAAAUUAAGCAAAUAUUGGUGUUUGGCCAAAAAAAA